AUGGACCCGUUUUCCGCAGAAGGGGAGCUCAUCAACAUCCACAAUGCCUUCCACCAAGGCCAAUACCAGAACGUAGUCGACUUCGACACCUCGGCGCUAUCACCGGAGAACCAGCUGCCGGCGCGCGUCCUGCAGCUGCGCGCCCGCCUCGCCCUCGGCCAGACCGACGAGGUCCUCGCCACCGUCGACGGUGAGGAUGAGACGCCCGACCUCGCGGCCGUGAAGGCGCUGGCGCUGCACGCGGCGGGGAACGGCGAGGCGGCGCUGACGCUCGCGCAGGAGCUCGCGGACAAUUACCCGGAUAAUGCGGCGGUGCAGGUGCUCGGGGCGACGGUGCUGCAGGGUCAGGGCCGCAGCGAGGAGGCGUUGGCGGUGCUGGCGAAGCAUCAGGGGGGUUUGGAGGCGGUUGCGUUGAUCGUUCAGAUCCAUCUGCAGCAGAACAGGGCCGAUCUGGCGCUGAAGGAGGUGCAGGCUGCGAAGCGCUGGGCGCAGGAUUCGCUGCUUGUCAACCUGGCUGAGUCGUGGGUGGGCAUGAGGGUGGGCGGCGAGAAAUACCAAUCCGCGUUCUACGUGUACGAAGAACUUGCCUCCGCGCCUGGCACGUCUGCUCCCCUUUCCAUCGUCGGGCAGGCCGUUGCGGAAAUCCAUCUGGGCCGGUUGCCCGAGGCCGAGGCCGCGCUGUCUGCUGCGCUGAAGACUUACCCCGAUGACGCGGAGUUGAUUGCCAAUACCAUUGUGUUGAAUGUAUUGGCGGGAAAACCUACGGAGGAUUUGGAGGCCCAUCUUGAACAGGUCCAGCCGUCGCAUGCGCUACUCACCGACCUCCAGGAGAAGAGCGAUUUGUUCGAUACUGCCGCGGCCAAGUAUGCGGCGAGGGUGACUGCUUAG